ACAGAAGCCCGGAAGUUGGCCCAUGGCUGUGCUUCGCGGGUGGGUAGCCUCCUGGGCCUGCCCGCGAGGUAAGAUCUGUUCGGGUCUUCCUGGGUAUGGCCGGUCCCGCGGGGGUUGGGGCUGUGGUCGUGGGCGCAGCCGUUGUCGCGCUUCUCUCCGCCGCGCUAGCGCUCUACGGGCCGCCGCUGGACGCAGUUUUAAAAAGAGCAUUUUCGCUGCAUAAAGCACAUUCGAUAAAGGAUAUGGAAAAUACUUUUCAGUUGGUUAGAAAUAUUAUACCUCCGCUAACUACAAAGAAGCACAAAGGACAAGAUGGAAGAAUAGGCAUAGUUGGAGGCUGCCAAGAGUACACUGGAGCCCCUUAUUUUGCAGCAAUUUCAGCUCUCAAAGUGGGUGCAGAUUUAUCCCAUGUGUUCUGUACCCGGGAGGCCGCACCUGUGAUCAAGUCCUACAGCCCGGAGCUGAUUGUUCACCCGGUCCUUGACAUCCCUGAUGCCGUUCAUGAAGUGGAAAAGUGGUUGCCCCGACUGCAUGCCCUGGUUGUAGGCCCUGGCUUAGGCAGAGAUGAUGCUCUUCUCAAAAACGUCAAGGGCAUUUUAGAAGCAUCAAAGGCCAGAGCCAUCCCCAUCAUCAUUGAUGCAGAUGGGCUGUGGCUGAUCGCCCAGCAGCCAGCCCUCAUCCAAGGCUACCAGAAGGCUGUUCUCACGCCCAACCACAUGGAGUUCAUCAGACUCUGUGAAGCUGUGCUGAGAGACCCUGUGGAUGGCAGUGAUCGCCGUGGAGCUGUGCUGAGACUCAGCCAGGCCCUGGGGAAUGUGACUGUGGUCCAGAAAGGGGAGCAGGAUGUGAUCUCUGACGGCAAACAGGUGCUUGAGUGCAGCCUGCAGGGCAGUAACCGCAGGUGUGGUGGGCAAGGAGACCUCCUGUCUGGCUCCCUGGGCGUUCUGGUGCACUGGGCACUCCACGCCGGACCUGAGAAGACAAACGGUUUCAGCCCCCUCCUCGUGGCUGCCUUUGGUGCGUGCUCCCUCACAAGGCAGUGCAACCACCAAGCCUUCCAGAAGCACGGCCGCUCCACCACCACCACCACCAUGAUUGCAGAAAUUGGACCUGCGUUCAGCAAACUCUUUGAAACCUGAGCCGGUGCAAAUGGGAAGAAAGUGGGCACCACGAUGGAAGAAAAUGUAUUUUUAAUGGGAAGACCCACGUUGGAUGUGUCUGAACCCCCUGGGUACUGGGGCAGCAUGGCUGUUUGGGAGUCUAGGGUACAUGGGUUGAUGUAGGGAAUUUAAAAAUUGGGAAUGCAGCACUUUUUGGCUAAACAUGCAGUUUUGAAAUGUUAUAAUGACACUAAACAAAGUACUCCUGAACUGUUCUUAACUUCCUAGCAAUAAUGAAAACAUGGAGAAUCAUUUGAGAAUGAGAAAACCUUUAAGCAGCUCUACUGAAUUUGUGGGCUUGUUCCAAGAUUGCAGAAUUCUGUUUUAGUUUCUUUGAGCUUAUCUCUUCUCAUGCUGUCUACCAAGGCACUUCAUGUUUCUUUUAUUUAUGCAAGAAGUUCGUCUUAUUAGAUAGUUCUUUCAAAGGGAUCAGUUGGUCAUUUCCAAACAUCUUUGAGAAUAAUGAGUUUUGCUUCUUUUAAACAAAAUUGAGAU